CCAACGAACAUUCUAAAAACCCAUUUGCUUUUCAGGUUCAAAGCUCGUCUUCUUCGUCUUCUCUCGAGCUUCUCCGAUGUCCUCCGCUCCGAUGCCGUCCUUCAAGAGCUCCAUGGGGAGCAAGGGCAGCAACCUCCUCUGCAACGACCCUGCUUAUCUCUGCUCCAACGAUGAGCGCGCCAUCGCUCUCCGUUCCUCCUGGAUCAAUCGCCUUCACCUUCAACUUCCGUUUGAUCGCGCUCUUGCACCUUCACGACGAUCGUCUUCGACUGCGGCAGCGCCGCACUCGCCCUGCACCACCACCGGCUCCGGCUUCGGCCACAAGCGCACCAUAUCCACUGAUGAGUCUCGGACUACAACCUCCAUCCCCGAUCUUAACUCCACCUUUGUUCGCCGUUACUUCAAUAUAUUUUCCAGAAAUCCUCCCCCGCCACCGCCGCCACCGCCGCCUUCGGUUGCUGCGGCGGAGGAUCGGCUUCAGGGCGGCGAGUGCCGUGUCACGGGGUUUGGACCGUUCCAGGUCAGGACCCGGAAGACGUUCCUGCAAAGCGUUGACGUUCCGAGAGUGGGAGAUCACGUACAGAACGGAGGAUUUCCGUUUUUCAGAGUAUCGGCGGCAGCGGGGGGAGGAGAUGAGAAAUCGAAGCUCAGAUCCAUGGCUGCCGAGGAGGAUCCGGAUCCUACUAGUAGAUCGUUCUUGCAACCGAGGAGUGCGCGAUUGUCGCCCUUUUUUCAGUUUCCCCUUCCCCCGCCCCCUGCCCAGAAGACCAUUGACAAGGGUAAAAGGAUUUUGAGCCCCGAUCGUGCUUGUUCUUCUUCCUAUAAUCAGGGCUGCUUGAGGCCUGUGUGCAUUGAAAAUGGCCGCCCUCCUGUGCCUUUGCCCUAUCUUCUCUCAAGAGAUUCGGUGAACGAACAACGGCUUCUUGUGGAUCCAUGGCGUGCGAGCACCUCUGCUCAACGUCCAGUGAGGACCAAAGGUGGACUUUAUCAUGAGACUUUUGAUGACACUGCCCAGUGCUGGCCUCACGCUAAACAGAAUUCACACGUUUUGCAUCAUAAUUCUCUACAACUGCAUUCUGAAAGGCAAAAUCCUGUUGUCCUCCAUGAGCCAGAGGAACCUUUUCUCAUAUUGGAACAUGGGAAGAUUUAAUAAAAGAACCACUGUUUCAUCAGUCCUUCCUCCCACUGCUUUUGCUGGCAAUCUUGGCAGGAAGAGACAUUCAAACACAGAUGAUUUUGUCCCCUCAAAGAGCAGGAAGCUACGCAUUGAAAAUUAGUGGUUUCUGAAAGAUGUUCUCUGCGGAAGGAACUGAAGAAGAUAUGCAGAGUGGCUGGUUGCUUAAUGGGUGCCAAGUUGGUUAUCAUGCAUAUUGAUAAAGACCAAGCCAUCCAGUAACUUUUGAAGUUUCUGACCAGGUAAAGAACCUUCAUCAGUCUAGUUCUGUGUCAUAAUGACAAUGAAACUGUCAAGACACAUGAGCAGUCUAACAAAAGCCGACUGUCCUCUUUUUAUCUGUUUCUUUUUAGUUCUGUACAUAGAGUGGUUAGUGGGUGGCCAUUUUCCUGACGAUUGAGCUUGAAAAGUCCAUCUUGUACCUCUUAAUAUCUGUGAUGACUGGAAGGCAGAUCUGUCUUUCAUUGUCCACAUCUAGUUGUACUAAAAUAUUAACAUGCAACGUUUUAUGUGUUUUAUAUACAUGAGAAUGCUUUCUUCUA